UAUGUAGUGGAUCUUUUCUCCAUACAAGCUUACUCCAUUUGAGUUUAUCUUCAGUCUGAGUUAGCUACGGUAGCCUUUGAAAAGUUGAAAUAGUAGCGUACAAAUUGAGCCCUCCAGCCCGCCCCUGAUUCUACUAUUAUGUAUAGAAUCUCUCAAAUCCUGAAUCCUGAAAAUGGAUACAUAAUUAAUACUAAAUUAAAUCGUGGUUGGAUCUAAUGGCCUAGUACCCGGUUUGUCGCAUUUAUUCCUCCACGAAGCAAAAUAAAUUAUCAAGCUUUUAUCAAUAUUUUUUUGUUAUCGGCUACCAACUACCGGGUAUACAUCGGAAGAGAACCGGAAUACAAUCACGCUUGUUUGUGACUUGUUGUCUAUAAUUUUUUUUAUGAUAUAGAUUAUAGACGUGACGGCCCGGCGGUACGAAUGUACGAUACGACUGGCGUACUAUUGCUGUCACGCAUAGAGUAAUAAAACUAAAGAGGAGGCAUUAUGCAGGUAUUAUGAUUAUCAGAUCGAAGCAAAAUUGAACACCAUUGUACCCCUCUUACAACUCUAGUGAACACUAGAUGGCGUUGUCGACCAUGAAAUUAAAUGGAUAAUGGACAUUAUAUUAUCACAGAAAAAUAUAGUAUAAAAAUUAUGGUUGGUAAUGAUAAGCAGCUGUUUGAUUAGCUUUAAAAAUUAUAAUUUUUAACUGUAUUUUGUACAAUUAUUGUAAUUAAGUAAUUUUAAGUAAUUGUAACUUGUAAGUAACCUUAAAUCAUAAUGGUCAGCUGUAUUUUGUGCGCUCGGACUCAGAAACAAAAAAAAGAAAACGACAAUAUUACAUUUCACCGAAUUCCACAGAGUAAUGUCAGAGAAGAGUGGUUAAAUUUUAUCCAGAACAAGUGCAACAUUAAUGUUGGUUCAAUCAAACCAAAAUCUGUUGUUUGUUCUUUACAUUUUGAUGCGCAUUGUUUUGAUAAAUACGCUAGAAGCAUACAUUUAAAGCCUUUUGCUAUUCCUUCGAUUUAUAUUAAAAGAGUGAAGAGUGCGAAAAAUAUUUAUCCUGAAGAGUUUGUAUCUUGUGUAAAUGAGACUAAUUCACAUGAAAAUGCUACUCCUCAAUGUUCAGAUAUCUCAAGUAUGCAACUUGAUGAUUGUAUUAUUGAAGAUAUUGAUAAAAUUACUGUUCAACAAAUCGAACCUGUUCUUGACGAAAAGCAAAUCAGUUCAACAGAAAAUAUUAUUACACCUCACAAGUCUAAAAGAUCAUAUUUGGAUAUGAGCAAAUCUACUGAUGAUGAUACACCAAAAAAACUGCGUCUAAAAAAAGCUUUGUUUAAUUUAUCAAUUACCAAUGAAUUAAAAUCAAAAAAAAUCAAAGUUCUUCGUCAAAAAAUUAGCCGACAAAAAAAGAAAAUUAGUUCAUUAAAACAAGUUGUUACUGUUUUGAAAAAAAAAAAUUUACUUAAUGAAGACUCAGUAGAAAUACUCAUGGAUAGUUUUGGUAAUUUUUAACAGCAGCAAAUGCAGACAUUCUUCACAAUUAUAAUUAUGUAUAAUUUGUCUGCCUUAAUAAUUGCAG